ACCAACCUAGUCCCCUCUCUCUCUCUCUCUCUCUCUCUCUUUCUCUCUCUCGAUCGACAUGGCAACAACAGUCCCUUCUCUUUACUCCCUCCUGCUCACCACCUUCCUCCUCUCUCUCUCAUCCCUCUUCACCCCCUCCCUAUCCUCCACCGACUCAUUCGUCUACGGCGGCUGCUCACAAAUCAAAUACCCACGAAACUCGCCCUACGAGUUGAACCUCGACUCGCUCCUCACCUCCCUUGUCAACUCAGCUACCUACAACUCCUACGACAAGUUCACCGUAAUGGGCUCAAGCCAACAAGACAUAAUCUACGGUCUCUACCAAUGCCGAGCCGACCUCUCGAUGCCCGAUUGUGCCACGUGUGUCGCUCGCUCGGUGAGUCAACUCGGCGUGCUGUGUUCCCAGAACUGUGGCGGGGCUGUACAGUUACAAGGGUGUUUCGUGAAGUACGAUAACACUUCCUUUUUUGGGGUGGAAGAUAAGACCGUGGUGUUGAAGAAAUGUGGGCCGUCGGUUGGGUACGCUACGGAGGCAAUGAACGGUCGAGAUUUGGUGCUGGGAAGUAUGGGUGGGGCAACCGGAGCCUAUAGAGUUGGCGGGUCAGCUGACGUGCAGGGUGUGGCGCAGUGCGUGGGGGACUUGAAUGGGGGCCAGUGUCAAGAUUGUUUAUCGGAGGCGAUCCGGCGGUUGAAGAGCGAUUGUGGGACCGCGGUUUAUGGGGAUAUGUACUUGGCCAAGUGUUAUGCUAGAUACUCAACUAGUGGGGCUCAUGGUUACUCUCAAUCCAACGAUUCAUCUCAUACUGAAGGUGAAAAGACAUUUGCCCUUAUCAUUGGACUAUUAGCUGGGGUAGCUCUGCUCAUCAUUUUCUUAACUUUCAUUAGAAAGAUUUUCGGAGGAGAAGGAAAAUAGAACAACAGCUAGAGCUUAAUGCAAAGAUAAGCUACAAUGCAACCACCUUUUUAUGUCCAUCAUUUGCUUUUGGGUACCUCUUUUCUGUCACUUUUUUUUCUCUUCCAUGACGUCAACUUGGCUUUUUCUCUCUUUACCCUUUUCCUUUUAUUUUUCUUUUCCUUUAUUUUUCUUUUAUGAUUUCCACCCAAAAGUAGAUUUCUGAAGAAAAGAUAGAAGAAUAUGUGUGUUAAGGACCAAGGGGAAUCAAUCAAAAGGAGGAAAAAAAAAGGACAACGGUAAAGAUUCCACUCUCCCCUCCCCUCCCCUCCACUCAACAAAGUUCUGUUGUCCAAUGUGAAUAAUUCUUUUUAUGUUGUGGUAUGUGUACUACAUAUUCCUUUGA